AUGCAUGAUUUAAUAAGCGAUAGUAAUAGCAUAUCGUUUUUAAAUGUUACUAAUUUUGAGGUAUCAGAAAGAAAAGAUCAAGAUAUCAAUAGAAACUAUGAACUUAGUAAAAAAAAUUCUUAUCUUUUUUCUAAAUUUGAAACUAGACGUUUUAAAAGAAUAAAAAAUGUAGAAAAUAUUAAGUUUAGAAAAAAGAAGUUUUCAAAUUUGAAUUUUGAUAAAAACAUAUAUAACAUGUCACCUGAUAUAUGUCAGGACUCGGAAUCAUUAUUAUCAGAUGCAGAAAUUGGGAUUAUUGAAAAUGAAAACACAUGUUAUAUUUCUGAAAUAUUUAAUAAUGAACAAGCAUCAUUUAAUAAUAAUGGCUGUUAUGGCAAUCUCAUAAAUGAAGAUUUAGAACCUAACUGUCUUGAAGAAUUUAUUGAAACAUUAGAAAGAAAACAGAAACAUAAUAGUUUUCUAAAGAUUAAUGAAUUUCCAGAAAAAUCAUCUUGUGAAACUCUAAGUAAUCAGGAGAAAAACAAUGAAAGCAAUUAUUUCGAUGUUUCUAAAAAAUUGAGUUUUUCGGAAAUGAUUGCACCUUUAAAUGCCAAUAUUACAGCUAGCUCUUAUUUGAGGUCUUUUUCUCAAAGCGAUAUUUCUAAAUUUUCUGAUAAUUCUUUAAAUGCACCACUUGCUAAGCCAAUCCAAGAUCUUUUUGAUAGACAAGCAGCAUAUGAUAUUGUUAAAAAGGAUUUAAAAAAAUGGGAGGAUGUUGUAAAAAUUAAUAGGAAAUCUGAAUUUCUGAAAUUCCCUAUUGAUUCUUUAGAAAAACCAAAAUUAACAAAUAAUUCAUUAUUUGCGAAAUUUCAAGUGUCUACACAUUUUGAAAGAAGUAUUGAUGAUGUUCUUCAGUCUUCGGGUUUAAAAGAUGAAAGAUCUGCUCUUGAAUUUGAAGAAUUAUUUCUUAAUAAACUUCCGGUAGAAGAAGUUGCUGUGCGUCGUGCUGAACUUAGAUUAAUUCGCGACUUAAUGUUUAGACAUGAACGCAAAGCUAAACGAAUUUCAAAAAUUAAAAGUAAAUUAUAUCGAAAAAUACAUAGACAUGAAAAAAAAAAAAAAUCUUUAGCUUUAAGUAAAAUCGAUUAUGAUGGAUUACCUUUUCAAAACGAAAUAAAUAAAACUAAGAAAGGAAUUGAUCUUUAUGGUUUUGAUAGUAAUAAAUUGGAUAAACAGCAGCUAAAUAAUAAUUGUUCUGUUAUUGGUAAUAAACAAUUUAUAGUAAAACAAUUACAACAUGAUAAACGACUUCAAAAAAGAAUUCGAGGUAUAUGUUCUUCUGAUUCUGAUGAAGGUUUAGACAAUGAUAAUAAAAGUCCUGAUAUUAGCAAUAAGGAUUUAUUGACGAAUUUAAUGAAGUUUAGAAAUGAAAACAUUAAAUUAAAAAGUUCAAUGGGUAUGCAGCAAUUUAUGAAUUCUGAGAAAGAUAAAAAAAUAAAAGACGAGGGAACUAUAAAUGAAGUAUUAAAUAUUAAAAAAGACUCUGAAGUGUUAUGUUCAGAAUAUAAUAGUAAUAAAGUAUAUGAAGAUUUUUCAAAUUCUAUUGGACGGAGAAUAUUUAACCCAUCUUUUAAUAAAGAUUAUGUUUCUAAUAUUAAUGAUCAAAAGUCUGUUGAGACUUUUAAUAUUGACAAGUCUUGGGAUUUUAUAAGCAAGAAUUCAUCAGGUUCUUCAAGUGCUUCAAAGAUUUUAGAUACAUGUUUUAAAAACUAUAAUCCAUGGUUGGUUGCAACUGAUGAACUUUCACCUGAAUUUUAUGGAUUAGGAUUCAAAUUUGAUUCCGAAAAUUUUAAGGAAACUAAUGAAACAGAAUUGUGUAUAGAUAUUUCUCAAGGAUUAUUGUUUCCAACUAGUGAAAUAGAAGGAAAAAAUUAUAGAAAUGAUACUGAAGAACAUUUAAACAUGAUAUAUAAUGGCUCAAGAUUUGCUUUGAAACAAAAAGAUUUGGUUGCUCGAGCUUUUUCAGGUGAUAAUGUUGUAGAAAAAUUUCAAGAAAAAUUUAAAAAUGUCGAAGAAUAUGAGCCUUAUAAAAAGAAUGAUAUAAUGCCUGGAUGGGGGAGUUGGUGUGGUUUCGGAAUAAAACAUGUUCCAAAAAAAAAUAAGGUUUCUGAUAUAUCAAAAAAGGAUAGAAAAGAUUUGGAGUUAAAAAAUGUAAUCAUAAGUGAUAAAAAUAUUAAGAAAAGCAAGAAAUUAUUGGUAUCUUCAGUUCCAUAUCCAUAUAAGACUAAAGAACAAUAUGAAAAAUCCUUAAUGUUGCCUCUUGGUUUAGAAUGGACAACAAGAAGACAGUAUCAGAAACUUAUUACUCCACGUAUUAUAAUAAAACAAGGUUCAGUUAUUGAGCCCUUAAAAAUAUCUUAA